UUGGCUAAAUUUCUUGAAAUUUAAAAACAUGUGAUAAUAGCAAGUUCAAAACAUUAUAAAAAGGGGUUGUGUUACAUAUGUAUAUAUGUAUGUAUAUCCUAGCUGAUAAACAAUGUGUUCUAGCGCACCAGUUCAAUUAUUCUUUGUUGUCAUUAACCCGGCAACAAAUCAAUAUUUAUGUAUUAUUUAUUUAAUUCUUCCAAUAAUUGAUUUAUACAAAAUGUAAGACAAGAUUCAUAUUUAAAUUUGGUUGAAAUAAAUACAGCUAAAAACGUAAUUCAAGUUUUCUCUUAACUAAUCUCUUUUUUAUUUAGGAUUUUGCUCAGCUCUGAUGUACAUCCCCCUUAAUUUUUUGUAUUAUCGGAUACAAAAAAGAUACAACAACAAUAUUAACAUUGCUUGGCAACUCUAAAUCGUCGUAUAUUUCUCACAUGGAGAACAAGCUAAAAUUUGAAAUUGUUUUAGUUUCCAUUAUCUGGUCUCUCAAGCAAGAUCUACGCUUGAUACGCUCAGUCCUAACCGUACUUCGUUUAUUUUUGAUUACAAGAAUGUCUGCCAUAGAAAAUGAUAAGAAACUAAUCGAAGUUAACGAUCUUGAGAAUAUUUGCAAAUUGAGAGAUCUGUAUUUGAAAGAUUGGCCCCAACACUGCGUUGGCUAUUAUUGUUUAGAUAAUUUUUACAAAUGGAAGAGAUUGGAUGGCAACAUAAAAAACUUGAAGAUCUACACGAUGAGAGAGGAGAGCGAUCAUGUGGAAGCUCUCUAUGUUGUUGUCGAUCGAUAUCAAGUGUUUCUUGGUUCUCUUAAUACCACCAGCUGUGAGAAUCUCUACCGGGCAUUGGAACAAUUGGAUUGGUCGAUUGGCCUGAAAGUAAGUUCUUUUCGUGAGUGCCACCGACAGUCGGUGCUGAAUAUUGUGCACAACAAAGGUCUGCAGUGUGAAUACGAUAGUCUGACGCUAAUGUACUAUAUGCCGCACAAUGUGGCGAAGAAACUGAAAAUAAGUUGUCCGAAAGGUUUUUAUGUUAAACCCCUUACCUCUACCACUGAUGCUGAAACAAUCGACAAGCUAUGGCCCAAUCGCCACAAUGGCUCGUUGUUUCUGAUAAAACGACUCAUUGAUUGGAAUGUAAACAUGGGCGUCUAUGCUGAUGGAACGGAUGAAUUGGUGGCAUGGUGUUUACGCCUACAGGGUGGCUUUUUGGGCGCACUACAAGUCAAAAACGAAUAUAAGCGCCAGGGCUUGGGAAGCGUUGUAACCCGUGCCAUAGCUCGCUCUUUGGGUGAACAGGGCGAGGAUGUUAUGGCACUUGUCAACGAGGAUAAUAAAGCAUCGCGAGGCAUGUUCGAAAAGAUUGGUUUUACCGUAACCGAUCGUUGCUAUUGGCUACGUACUUUACCCACAGCGGAGAAUUUCACCUGGCCAGAUGGAGAAUAAUGUUUAAAGAGAAAAAAAUACGUUCUCUCACACUCUUUAUUGUUUAAACUCAGUGUAGAAAACAAUUACAUCGUUUAGUUGUAGUUUAUACAUCGUCCAGUAUGUGUCAUCAGGAAACGCAUUUUUAUAACUCGGAAUAAAACAAUACCAAUAAAAACUGAAAAUAUAAAAAA